AUUCCAUCGAAGGCUGAGGGAGUUGUAUCGACAAGCAGGUGUGCAGUUGAGCAAGGUAGAAGGAGAGCAGCUUCAUUUACUUGGUUUCUACUUUCUAGUGAGAGAAUAUCAACAGAAGAUGUGGAAUCCUUCCAAACAAGACGCUCGCUCCAUUCCUGAGAAGAAGGGGGUUCUCAAAGCGAAUGAAGAAAAUCCUGCUGCAGCUCAAGUAGAAGUGGAUGAUGGACUCCCCUGUCUCUCUGGGGACAAACCAUUUUUUGAUGUUAUCCUCAAAGAAUUAGAUAUCUGCAAUCUGAUUGUGCCAAAGCAUAUGUUUCGCAAGCUUCCUCGUGAUGUUGUGCCUAUGGUUCUCACACACGGUGGCAAGAAGUGGAACAUGUCAUACAAUGGAAAAGUCAAGCAACAUAAGUUUGAGAGUACCGGGUGGAGAAACUUUGUUGCUGAUAACAAUCUGGAAUGUGGUGAUGCUUGCAUCUUUGAGUUGAUGGAGUCGGGCCCCAAGGGUGUGAGGCUCAGAGUCGUCAUCCUCAGGAAUACCUACUAUUUGCCGCCUCAAUUGCAGGCAAAAAUACCUGAUGGCGAAGCCAAUGGUAUGACACCGGAGACAGCCAUAGAGAUUGACUAGAUUCAGCUGUGUUUGCAUCGUAGGUUUCAUGGAUUUUUGUUGUUGUGAUUAUCUGUAGUCUGACUACAGUUGAAAGCUUUUGCUCAUUUGUUCUCUACUCAUCUUGAAAUGCUUCAUCUUUUGUUGAAAGCGUUGUAGUAAGUUUUAGUGUCCAAUGCUAGAUGGAUUUGCAUAUAUAUAUACAUGAUCCUGUUGGUGACAGA